CAGGGGCUGUGCCGUGGGGUGCUUCGGCUGAGCCCGGCCGGACACAGCGGCGGUGUUUACUUGGCAGGGAGCAGGUCCUGGAAGGAGCGAGGCUGUUUGGGAGGGGGGUGACGCGCCGCGGGGCAGUAUAAAGUCCAGGGUGCUGCGUGGAGGCUGAGGCCACUGCGCUCCCGAGAGCUUUGCCUGUCCUGGCGCUGAGUGCAGGGCAGUGGCGGACAGGGACGAGGGCAGGCGGAGCAGAGCUCUCCGGUGGGAGACAUGAGACCUUAGAGGGGCCACUGGGGGCAGCUCGCGAGGACCCUUUCUCAGCGGCAGACGUGAGGAACGAUGAACUGGGCUGGCCUGUACACAGUGCUGAGCGGGGUGAACCGCCACUCCACUGCCAUCGGGCGCAUCUGGCUCUCUGUCAUCUUCAUCUUCCGGAUAAUGGUGCUCGUGGUGGCAGCAGAGAGCGUGUGGGGGGAUGAGAAGUCCGCCUUCACCUGCAACACCCAGCAGCCUGGCUGCAACAGUGUCUGCUAUGACCACUUCUUCCCUAUCUCCCAUAUCCGUCUGUGGGCCCUGCAGCUCAUCCUUGUCACCACGCCAGCCCUUCUUGUGGCCAUGCACGUGGCCUACCAGCAGCAUCAGGAAAAGAAGCUGCUGGUGCUGACCGGGCAUGCAGAUCCCAAGCACAUGGAGGAGGUGAAGAAGCACAAGAUGCGCAUAUCGGGUUCUCUGUGGUGGACAUAUGUCUGCAGCGUGGUCUUCAGGCUGCUCUUCGAGGCUGUGUUUAUGUACAUCUUCUACAUGCUCUACCCGGGCUAUCAGAUGAUGCGGCUGGUCAAGUGCGAGGCUUACCCCUGCCCCAACACCGUGGACUGCUUCAUCUCCCGGCCCACAGAGAAGACCAUCUUCACCGUCUUCAUGCUGGUCACCUCCAGUAUCUGCAUUGUCCUCAACAUGGCGGAGCUGGUCUACCUGGUGGUGAGGGCCUGUGCCCGCCGAGGCCAGCACGACUCCAACCCGUCAGGGAAGGGCUCCUUCUAUGGGCACAAGCUCUCCUCCGAGUACAAGCAGAACGAGAUCAACCAGCUGCUGACGGAGCAGGAUGGCUCCCUCAAGGACAUGCUGCGGCGCAACCCCGGCCUACAGGAGAAGGGCGAUCGCUGCUCUGCCUGCUAGGGCUAGCACCGUGCUAGCCCCAGCCCUCGCCCCUGCCCCAAAGCUGCCCCAUGGCCCUGUGCUGUCCCUGCCCCUGAGGAACAGCAUCCCUCAGGUGCCAGUCUGGCCCUUCUGGAUGUCCAGGAGGGCAUCUGGGGCCAUUAAAUCUCAUUUCUCAGGCA